GUAUCGCUUCAUCUCUGUCAACAGCACCAAAAGCUGCCCACCACCGAUGCCGUGAUGACCAGAGAUCGGCCUUCGCACAGUGGCAAGAGAACCUUAAAUUCCCAGUAUCAUCUUCAAGAGCUGAGUUGUGGGACCUGAAAACAGAUUGUUGCUCUUGGGAAGGAGUUACAUGUAAUGAUGUUGGUCAUGCCACUCGACUUGACCUGAGUUUUGCGCAUUAUGAAUAUGGAGAUUCAAUUUCACUGAAAAAGCCAAACCUCGGAACUUUUCCAGAAUCUCAGUUUUCUAGUAGAGCUCAAUCUUGAUUAUGUAAACAUUUCAGCACAAGGUAGCAAUUGGUGUGAAGUCAUCUCCCAUGUGCUUCCCCACCUCAGAGUCUUGAGUUUGUCUGGCUCUGGUCUUUCUGGUCCUCUUUGUUCCUCUCUCUCAAAACUCCAUUUUCUCUCUGAACUCCAUCUUGAUAGCAAUUCUGAACUCUCUUCCAUUCCACCCAGUUUCUUAGCAAAUUCCUCCAACUUGGAAACUCUUGACUUAUCAUAUUGUGGCUUGAAUGGGAGUUUUCCAAACAACAUUUUACUAUUGCCAAAACUACAGUACAUUGAUCUCUCUGAAAAUUUACUCCUUUCAGGUCAGUUUCCAGAAUUCUCAUUGAAUAGUUCUAUUCAAUACUUGUCUACAAGAACACAAAUUUUUCUGGGAAGAUCCCACAGUCAAUCGGCAAUCUCAAGUCCUUGAAUUCUCUAGACCUGAGCAGGUGCAAAUUUUAUGGAUCCCACCAUCACUUGCAAACCUCACCCAACUUGAAUUUCUGGAUCUUUCAUUUAAUAGUUUCAACGGUUCCAUUCCUCCAUUUCAAAGCGAUGGAGUUGCAAACCUUUCAUUCCUCUCCUUGGAGCAUAACCAGCUUAACGGAAUCCUAUAUUCUUCUCUAUUUACUCUUCCAUCCUUGCAGAAUUUAGAUCUCAGCUCAAACCAAUUAAGUGGCCAACUAGAUGAGUUUUCAGAUGCAUCUUCUUCAUUGCUGAUGAUAGAGUUGAGUAACAAUAAUUUGAGCGGAUCAAUACCAAGGUCACUCUUCAAGCUCCCCAGCCUUAUAGAACUUAAUCUUCUAUAUAACAAAUUUUCUGGCCCCUUGAAGCUUGGUGAUUUCAAGAAUCAGAGGGGUUUAGAAUUCCUUGCACUUUCUGGUGUGUCAGUUGAGAGUGACAACAGGAGCCUUGCUUAUGUCCAGCUCGCAACUUUGUAUUUGCCCUCAUGCAACUUGACUGAAUUUCCAAAUUUCCUCAAAACAUAAAACAGUUUGACUGGUCUAGAUCUUUCCAACAACAGAAUUCAAGGUUAUGUGCCCAGCUGGAUUUGGAAAACAACUCUCACCACAUUAUACCUUUCCGGCAAUCCUGUUGAUUUUCCAAAAAUUCCUCCUUUUUUCAAGGUAAACCAUAGCACAUCAAUCUACAAUGAAGAUGGAGUUUCUUCCUUUCCCAUGACGUUAGAGAAUUUGGGAAUGCCAUCCUGUACAUAACAGGUAGCUUUCCAUAGUUUAUAAAGAACCAAGAGAAGCUAACUAUAUCUUGAUCUUUCAGACAACAAACUCGGUGAUCAAAUACCCAAGUGGAUAUGGAACAUGAGUCUAACAUAUCUAAACCUUUCUUGCAACAAUUUUCAUUUUUUAGACCAGUUCUCCAAUCCCAUCUCCCUCCCCUCCUCAGAUACUCUUAUUACUCUUGAUCUUCAUGCCAAUCAAUUGCCGGGUUCAUCCCAAAAGCUAUAUGCAAUUGCAGUCAACUCUCUUUGCUUGACAUGUCCCAUAACCACCUUAGAAGUCAAAUCCCUGAUUGUUUGGGAAAAUUUCCUACCCUCAUGGUGCUGAAUCUGCAAGGAAAUAACUUCGAUUCCAUUUCAAGUUAUGCGAUAGCAAGUAAUCUGCUGUCUCUUAAAAUCAGUGACAAUAAAGUGGAAGGGAAGUUGCCACGCUCCUUAGCCAAUUGUUCAAAGCUAGAGGUUUUGAAUCUUGGAGGCAACAUGAUACGAGACACAUUUCCAGUAUGGUUGGAGAGGCUGACUGCACUACAAAUUCUGGUACUCCAAGCAAAUAAAUUUUAUGGUCCAAUUGGAAAUCGUGGUGCUGAGACCACUUGGCCAAUGUUGCAUGUUAUGGACCUGUCUUCCUAUGAGUUCACUGGCAAUCUCUUGAAGGAAUUCGUUCAAAGUUUAGUGGGGAUGCAGUUGACCUCCAACAAUGAUUCGAGGGCAAGGUAUGUUGGAGAUAACUACAAUAUCAAUGGAUACUACAUGGAGUCGGUGACUAUUACGAACAAGGGGCGGAAAAUGCAUAUGGAUAGGAUUAUAAACUCCAAUGAGUUCACAUGUCUUGAUCUCUCCAACAAUAGUUUCCAUGGAGAAAUUCCUGAAGAGAUAAGGAUUCUGAAAUCACUCAUAGUCCUCACCUUGUCUCAUAAUAACUUCCUUGGUCAAAUCCCGUCAUCAUUGAGCGACCUGACAGAGCUGGAGUCCUUGGACCUGUCAAGCAACCUCCUGUCAGGGGAGAUUCCUCCCCAACUUUCAAGGUUGACAUUCCUUGCUGUAAUGAAUCUGUCAUAUAACCAUCUCGAAGGAAGGAUACCACAAGGCAACCAAUUUCUUACAUUUCCCAAUUCUUCUUAUGAGGGGAACCCAAGGCUAUGCGGACCCCCUUUGACAAGGAAAUGCAAUCCUGAAGUGAAUGAACCUGCUACUCCUCCAGCCGACCACGAGGAUUCAUGGACAGAGUAUAUACUUGAGUGGAAAAUUGUGGGGAUUGGAUAUGCAAGUGGAAUAGUAAUUGGUUUCUCUGUAGGAUACACAAUAUUAAGUGAGAUGAGAAUCAAAUGGUUUGCUGAUCUCAUAAGGCUAGCAGGAAACAAAGAGAGAUGGUUCAACCAAGGCCAGAGGGGUCUUGGAAGUUGGUGAUGAAGUUGAUGCUAGUGAAUGCUGCACAUAAGUUAUUAUCUCCAGGUUGCAAGUCAUUGAUGCAUCAUAUUGAUGAGGAAUGGAGUGUCAUAUUGUCAUUUAAGCUUAUGUUUAAAUUUACUGUUCCUGAAGAAUUAGUAAAGCUUAAAACUAGAUUCAUGUGUUUUUCUCCAUAAGCUGCCGAUGCUUUUGUAUUUUCGACAAUAAAAGAUGGUGGGCCAUUCAGAUUGUAACAAGUGCUGCAAUAAUCAGCAAUCUUGGCAGAUUGUGUCUUUGUGUGGUGAUCCUUGAUCGUGCCUCUGCAGAGCUUUUCCUUUAGGUAGUAUAUAUCUCAUGAAUUUGAAUUUGAAUUUGAAUUUCCCCUUCA